AUAAGAUAAGUAUCUCAUUCUACAAUCAGUUACAACUUCAACAAAUAUUAAAAAACUAUUUCUUUAAUAUUCUUCGAUCAUCAUGGCAAAUCAACCACGACUCUCUACAACCGCCAUUAUCAGCCCUCAAUACUGUGCUCCAGCUACAAAUCCGGUUGAUUUGGUAAUCACAAAGGAGAGAACUUUGAGAGAUAGCUUCACUGUCACAGACACAAACAACAACGUUGUUUUCACUGUCAAAAGUUCUCUUGUAACCAUCGUAACAUCCCAUGAACACCGGUUCUUAUGUGAUGCUAGCGGAAAUCCCAUUCUUCAUCUUCGUAGAUCGCUGACAGCAACAAAUGAUAGUUGGAAAGCAUUUAGAGGUGAAAGUGAAGAGCCAAAGGAUAUUAUCUUUACUAGGAAGCUAUCGUCAUUGAUUCAGCUUAGGACUAAAUUACAUGUGUUUUUGGCUAAUAAUAGUACACAAGCUUGUGAUUUCACUGUCAAAGCAAAUUUAUCUCAGAGUUCUUGGAAAGUUUACAUUGGCAAUUCAGACAAUCUUGUUGCUCAGAUAAAGAAGAAGAGUGGCACUAUGUUUAGCAGGGAAAAGUUCAUGGUCACUGUUUCUCCCAACAUGGAUUAUGCAUUCAUUGUGGCUCUAAUUGUGACCUUUGAUUAAGUAAUAGGUUUACGAAUUUUCUUUUAAUGUAAAGAUAUUUCAUACUUAAAUAUAAGAAAUAUUUUGUGUAUUAAGUUCAAA